GUGAGCUCCUGUCAGAUGGGUGGAGGCAACAGUCCACCUCAGAGGCCAGUGACUUUCCGAAGGCCUGGAGCAGUCCUGCACCUGCAGCCACCAGAACAUGGGGAAAGGGCUCCGCAGCCAGUCCUUGCGAGGACCACGGCCCUCCUCCUAUGGCAAGCUCCGGGAGCCCUGGGGGAAGCCUCUGGAGGGCCGACUGUGCCGGUCGCUGAGCCUCAGACAGGGGCGUGAGAAGUCCAGGUCCUCAGAUAGAGGUCCAGAAGGGCCGGACUUCCCUGACCAGGAGCGGCAGCCAGGGGAAGUGGGGGACGUGGAGCAGCUGAUCCAGGCUCAGCAAGGAGGCAGCCGGCGGUGGCUGAGGCAAUAUCAACAGCAGAUGAGGAGAAGGUGGGAGAGCUUUGUUGCCAGCUUACCCGGCGUGACCCUGAGCCGGCCAGCCUCACCGCAGCCCUCUUUGAGCAUCUAAGGAUGCUGGAAGCAGUGGUGGCCUCUGCCGUGCCCAGAUGAGACAGCCAUGUCUGGUGACCUACCUCUUCGAGAGCCUUCUGGACUGUGGAUGGAGCGGCCUCCUGUAUGUGGAUGGCUCCAGCAUUCCUUAUAUACCCCCCGAGGCCUCUGCUACUACCUCACUCGAGCUCCCUGUGAUUGCCCCUCCGCUCCAAUCCUCCCCUCCAAGACACAC